AUGGCGUCUUCUUCCAAAGAUAGUGUUCCUACAACCAGUAGCCAGGAGAAUCCGCCAGAUGAACUGGAACCGGGAGCAUGUCACGAGAGCAUUUUAAAUCCUACAGAUUCUUUCGAGGAAUUUGCUUCUGAAAUGAGUUCUAGUUUACAGGAGCGAAAUAUUUUGCUUAAUACCAAGAGUAGUACUAUUCAUGAGAUACAAAGUGAGAUCGGUGAGAGUUUGAAAGAAAAUACUCAAAUAAAGUCUACGAAAUCUACUGAUGAUCUGCAGGGCAAGGAAGAGUCCAUGACAGCUUCAACUAGCAAUUCAAACUUGAUAGAUCAAAGUGAGGAUGACACAGAUAAUGAAAAAGAUGAUUAUCUUCAAUCACCUGAAUUAGUAAACAAAGAAAAACAUGUAUUUAUAUUGAGUUCUGCGGGAAAACCUAUCUACUCUAGGUAUGGCAAUGAAGAUAAAUUAGCAGGUCUUUGUGGUGUCAUCCAGGCUUUAGUUAGUGUAGUAGAGGAACAGAACCAAGAUAUAUUAAGGUCUAUCACAACUAAGGAUUGCAAGGCAGUGUUUUUAGUCAAGGGACCUUUGAUAUUGGUUGCAGUUUCUAAGUCAAAUGAAAGUGAGACACAACUUGUACUACAAUUAACGUAUGCAUUCAAUCAAAUAGUAUCAGUACUUACAUUGACUCAACUGAAUAGAAUAUUUGAGCAAAGAAGAAACUAUGACUUAAGAAGGCUAUUGUCUGGAGCAGAAAGACUUAUAGACCAUUUACUUAUAUUUAUGGAGAAAGAUCCAGCAUUUUUAUUGGGUGCAGUUAGAUGCUUACCACUACCCGAAAAAGCCAGGGAAAAUAUCACAAGUGCUAUUCAAUCAACCUGCAGCAAAAUCCGGGACCUGGUUUUCGCAAUUAUGCUAGCAGGCAACCAGUUAAUUACACUAGUUAGGAUGAAGAAGUACACUCUGCAUCCGUCGGAUAUACAUCUGUUGUUCAAUCUUGUCAGAAGCUCAGAGUCUUUUAAAACAGCUGAGAGUUGGACGCCAAUCUGUUUGCCGAAGUUUGAUUCGACAGGUUUUCUCCAUGGCCAUGUGUCCUACAUCUCAGAAGACUGUCAAGCCUGCCUUCUCCUUCUUACAGUACAAAGAGAUGCAUUCUUUCCACUCUCACAAGCAAAGCACACUAUUGCCGAAAAGCUCCGACGAUCGAACUGUUUAGUUGCCAUAAACGACGCGUUGAACAGAAACGAGGAACUACCGACAACAAAUCCCUUGAAACAUAUUGGUAUACCAGAAAUAAGGCAUUUUAUGUACAAAUGUAAGUCAACAGCCCAGCUGUUCACUUCAGACCCAAUUAGUUUGGAUAAGUUACAAGAUUAUAGGAUAAGGCACAAAGAAGGUGGAGAUAUUUGUGAGAAGAAAGUGGAAAAACUAUCUGAUAUAGAUUAUGUAAGGAACUACAGACAGUUUUGUGCUCAAAUCCAUUGCAUGUCCACACCGGCCAAGUUGAUUUUUAGGUCGAACUCACAUGACACAAUUUUAGCUUGGAUAACCCACGGUUUCGAACUAUACGUCACGUUUGACCCUCUAAUGGAGAAAGAUCAAGCAAUAAGAGCAGUGGAUCGUCUACUGAAAUGGAUCAAGAGAGAAGAACAGAGAAUCUUCAUUAUGCACGCGCCUACAUUCUAG